AUGAGCCCUUCAGAAGAUAAGAAACCCGUUGUACCCAGAGAUAUUCAAGAUGUUUCUGAGGUGGUUAUAGGCUGCAAAUGUUGGGUGGAAAAAGAUGGCGUAGAAAGAUUGGCGGAGAUUUUGAGUAUCAACAGUCGUAAGAGUCCUCCAAAGUUCUAUGUGCAUUAUGAUGACUUCAACAAGCGUUUAGACGAGUGGAUACUCGCGCCAAGGAUUAAGAUUGAUAAGGAGGUAUUCUUUCCACUGGUGGAAUCAGAAGCGGAAAAGGCCAAUAAGAAGAAGCAGAAACAACCAAAGAAGAGCUCGGCUACUCCAAGCAAUGAGGUGAUCCCCAACUCUGAGCCCCCCGAUGGCGCUGACAUUAUGGAUCUGGACUCUUUAAAUGUGCAGGGAACCGCGGACAAGGACAUUUCACGCCAUGACGAGAUUGAAAAACUACGCACAUCUGGUUCCAUGGUGCAAAGUUCACAUGAGGUUGCAAGGGUUCGUAACUUGAGCAAAGUAAUAAUGGGGAAAUACGAAAUUGAACCGUGGUACUUUUCGCCUUAUCCGAUUGAGUUAACGGAUGAAGACGUAGUGUAUAUCGAUGCAUUUACGUUGCAGUAUUUCGGAUCUAAAAAGCAGUACGAGCGAUACAGAUCUAAAUGUACAUUACAACAUCCUCCAGGCAAUGAAAUAUACAGAGAUGAUUACAUUUCAUUCUUUGAGAUCGAUGGCCGAAAGCAAAGGACGUGGUGCAGAAACCUUUGCUUGUUCUGUAAACUCUUUUUGGAUCACAAAACGCUGUACUAUGAUGUCGAUCCGUUUCUAUUUUACUGCAUGACCAGAAGAGAUGAAUUAGGUCACCAUCUUGUUGGGUAUUUUUCCAAAGAGAAGGAAUCUGCUGAAAAUUAUAAUCUAGCGUGUAUUUUGACGCUACCGCAGUACCAACGUAUGGGAUAUGGUCGGCUAUUGAUCGAAUUUUCCUAUGAGCUGUCAAAGAAGGAAAAUAAGCCAGGGUCUCCCGAGAAGCCUCUUUCAGACUUGGGGUUGCUAUCAUAUAGAGCAUAUUGGGCAGACACCUUGAUAGACCUCCUUAUGAAUCACGGGCCAGAGAUCACCAUAGAUGAAAUCAGUGCACUCACUUCUAUGACCACAACAGACAUCCUGCAUACUUCGAAAGCUUUAAAUAUUCUGCAAUAUUACAAGGGCCAACACAUCAUUUAUAUGAAUGAAGAUGUGGCCCAGCGGUACGAAAAGAUCAAGGACAAAAAGGGUCGGCGCAGAAUUGAUCCUUCGAAGCUUAUAUGGAAACCUCCUGUAUUUACUGCUUCUCAAUUGAGGUUUGCUUGGUAA